UGCUCCGUCCUCGUCUCCGCCGGCUGGGAGGCUGCGCGUGAGGAAGGGCCGGCGGCCGGGGCAGAGGCGGAGGCGCUUUCGGAGGCCGAGGCCCGCCGACCAUGGCCUCCCCAGGAGAGGAAGUGACGAGCGACGAGAGUGGAGAGGAGAGCAAUGCUAUGAACUUAAUGGAGUUCUCGGAUGAGAUCCUUUUGCACAUCCUGAGGUACACCCCAGUUUCAGACCUUGUCCUGAAUGUCCGAAGAGUCUGCCGGAAGCUUUCUGUUCUUAGUCUCGACAAAAGCCUUACCCACGCUGUGACGCUGCAUAAAGACUAUCAGGUGGACAAGGACAAGGUGAAGCAGCUCAUGCGGGAGAUUGGCAAGGAGAUUCAGGAGCUGAACAUGAGCGGCUGCUAUUGGCUGCCCGGCUCCACCAUCGACCAGGUGACCCGCUGCAGGAGCCUGGUGAAGCUGAACCUGUCCGGCUGCAACCUCACCUCCCUCCGCCUCUCCAAGAUGCUGUCUGCCCUGCAGCACCUGCGCUCCCUGGCCAUUGACGUGAAUCCGGGCUUUGACGCCUCCCACUUGAGCAGCGAGUGCAAAGCCACGCUGAGUCGCGUGCUGGAGCUCAAGCAGACCCUGUACACGCCCUCCUACGGGGUGGUUCCUUGCUGCACCAGCCUCGAGAAGCUGCUCCUGUACUUUGAGAUCCUGGAUCGGUCGCGGGAGGGCUUGAUUAUCUCUGGCCAGCUCAUGGUUGGCGAGAGCAACGUGCCUCACUACCAGAACCUUCGGGUCUUCUAUGCUAGGCUGGCGCCCGGGCCGGUCAACCAGGAGGUGGUGAGGCUGUACUUGGCGGUGCUGAGCGACCGCACACCCGAGAAACUCCACGCCUUCCUCAUUUCUGCCCCCGGCGGCUUCCCCCAGAGCUGCGCUGUGAAAAACCUCUUGGACUCCAUGGCCCGGAACGUGACGCUGGAUGCCUUGCAGCUGCCCGGGUCUUGGAUGAAUGGCUCCAGCCUCCUCCAGCACUUGAAGUUCAGCAACCCUGUCUACUUCAGCUUCAGCCGCUGCAGCUUGUCCGGCAGCCAGCUGGUCCAGAGGGUCCUCAACGGCGGCAAAGACCUCCGCAGCUUAGUCAGCCUGAACCUGAGCGGCUGCGUCCACUGCCUGUCUCCCGACUCCACACUGCGGAAAGCGGAAGACGAAAUUGACAGCAGCAUCGCUGAGACCCUCGUCGCCUCCUGCUGCCACCUGAGGCACCUGAACUUGUCGUGCGCCCACCACCACAGCUCUGAAGACUUGGGCAGGCACCUGUGCCAGCUCCUUGCUCACCUGAAGUGCCUCCUCUCGCUGGCCUUGCCCGUCUGCUCCAUCGCCGACGUGAGCCCUGUGCCCGCCGACAAGCCGUCCGUGCAGCCGGCGACCAACGCCACCUCCCCGAGUUUUGGGAAGAAAGUCCGGAUCGGGGUGCAGACGUAUACGCGGAACUGCUUGGAGCAGGGGAAUUCCAGACCCCAGCCCUCCGUGUUUUGGACCCUGCUAGAAAGCCUUCCCUUUCUGCAGCAGCUGGAGCUGAUUGGGUCCAGCUUUUCCUCCGCCAUGCCGCGGAACGAGCCGGCCAUUCGGAACUCGCUGCCUCCCUGCGGCCGGGCCCAGCAUGUGGGGGAUGCCGAAGUGGCCGCCAUUGGCCAGCUGGCCUUCCUGCAGAGCCUCACGCUGGCCCAGCUGCCCAAUAUCCUCACAGGCUCCGGGCUCGUUCACAUUGGGGCCCAGUGCCAGCACUUGCGGACUCUUUCCCUGGCCAACCUGGGCAUGAUGGGCAAAGUGAUGUACAUGCCAGCCCUCGUGGACACGUUGAAGCACUGCAGGUGUUUGCGAGAUCUCAGUGGAGAAAACGGAAGAUCAGCGUUUGACACCUGAGACACGAUGCUGAGUAUCAAAUAAGUGAAUUCUUAUCCUUGUGGCAGAGAGAUGUCCUGAGAGGAGGGUGGAGGAAGACACACACACACACACACACACCCUGCCAGCAGGUCAUUUUCAAUAGUGUUUUCCUCCUUUGGAUUCCUGGAGCUGGUCCCACUCACUCCAGGCAACUGGGAAAACAGCAGUUUACAAGCUACGGCAAUGAUGAGACCAUCUCAGGUUGCCCUGUAAAUAGAUAAAAGCUCAGAAGUCAGGGCGUUGCCACAGGUUUCACCUGUCCAAGAGUCACAAAAGGGAGAGGAGUGAGGCAGGAGCAGAUGCAGCCCAGUUUACAAAACACCCAACCUCUUAACUGGAGCUUUUCGUUGGGGAAUUGUCUUUCUCCUUUAAAACCCCACCGAUGAGUUAACUCUCCAGCUAGUUCCUUCAUAGAGGUUACAUCAGAGGUUUCAACUAAAAUCAAAUGGAUUCUGCCUUCCCAAAAGCUCUGUGCUGAGCUCCACUCUGCUAAAAGCAGGGGUGUUCUUUCCUCUUCCCCUCUGGCUUUGCAAACCCUUCCCCUCCUGGUAGAGUAAUAAUAAUAAUAAUAGUAGUAAUAAUAUUAAAUACCAUAUUUUUUGCUCUAUAAGACUCACUUUUUCCCUCCUAAAAAGUAAGGGGAAAUGUGUGUGCGUCUUAUGGAGCAAAUGCAGGCUGCGCAGCUAUCCCAGAAGCCAGAACAGCAAGAGGGAUUGCCGCUUUCGCUGCGCAGCGAUCCCUCUUGCUGUUCUGGCUUCUGAGAUUCAGAAUAUUUUUUUUCUUGUUUUCCUCCUCCAAAAACUAGGUGUGUCUUGUGGUCUGGUGCAUCUUAUAGAGCGAAAAAUACGGUAAUUUACUAUUUAUACCUCAUCCAUCUGGCUGGGUUUCCCCAGCCACCCUGGGUGGCUCCCAACAGAAUUUUAAAAGCACAACAAAAUGUCAAUAAUAAUAAUAAUAAUAAUAAUAAUAAUAAUAAUAAUAAUUUAUUAUUUAUACCCCGCCCGUCUGGCUGGGCCUCCCCAGCCACUCUGGGCAGCUUCCAACAAAAUAAUAAAAUACAGUAAUGCAUCAAACAUUAAAAACUUCCCCUAAAUAGGGCUGCCUUCAGAUGUAGAGCCCCCCCCGCAAGUGUCGUCUCUCCGAGGCGUGUCGUUUGGUUGACCCUUGUUUUGCCU